UCGUGUUUUUUAAGUACUGCUUGGUCAAAAACCGCGUAUACCACACCACUCCAAACUACAAUGCUAGAUUUCAAAGAUCAGGGUGCUGCUUCUGCAAUAGUUGCUCCACUGACACUUGUUUAGGAAUCUUGGUUUUUAGCUUAGAUUAAUGGACUUUUCCCACCAUCCUUUAUUGCUACUUCACUCAUUGGUUCCAUCCAGCUAAAUGAGUAAAGGCAACUUGAUGUAUAGUAUAUGAAACCAAGAUAUAUGAGAUUUGUUUCCACAUUAUGGAAGGAAAAGUGGGCCAUUUUUUCAGUUGUACCUCCAUUAGCUUUUGGAUAUGUUUCAAGUAGUGCUGUAUUAUCACAACUAGGUUUGCCAGGAAAGGGAUUGUCAUGUUUAGAUGACCUCAAAAAUAGGUUUCUUGUUAUGAUUCAGAGAACCGAGUUUUUCUUCUAUGCAGUGACAAAAUUUGUUUGGAAAGAGUCAAGGUUUGUGGCGUCAACUAUUAGCUGGUUUUUUAUUAUAAAUGCUUCUUUCAAUUCAUCUUCAUUCUUCCAUAUAUCAGUAUCUAGUAUUUGAUCUAUAGCAAUGGCAUCUAAAAGUAUCAGUUUGGCAAUAGUCAUAACUUGUGCUGUUCUAGUGACUGUUCUAUCGGAAGAAUCAAGCUUAGAAGUUCAGAUUGAGGCUUUGAAGGCUUUUAAGAGUUCCAUAAGAAAUGAUCCAUUUGGAGCACUUGCGGACUGGACUGACAGCACUCACCACUGCAACUGGUCUGGUAUUGUUUGUGACCCUUUAUCAAAUCAUGUCAUUUCUAUUUCUUUGCUUGAGAAGCAGCUCAAAGGUGAAAUCACACCAUUCCUUGGAAACCUGACAAGCCUCCAGGUUCUUGAUUUAACUUCGAAUUCCUUCACUGGCCACAUUCCAGCUCAGCUGGGACUUUGCUCCCAGCUCUCUCAGCUUGUUCUUUAUACAAAUUAUCUUUCAGGUCCAAUUCCACCAGAACUCGGAAACCUCGAAAAUCUACAGGUACUAGAUUUAGGGGGAAACUUUUUGAAUGGAAAUAUCCCUGAAAGUAUUUGCAACUGCACAUCAUUGAUAGGAAUUGGUGUCAUUUUUAACAAUCUCACCGGCACAAUCCCAUCAAACAUGGGUAAUCUAGCUAAUCUUCAAAUUUUGGUUCUGUAUGGGAACAAUUUGGUUGGUUCUAUCCCUGUGUCCGUUGGUAAGUUGGAAUCUUUGCAAGCUUUAGACCUAAGUCAAAACCGAUUGUCUGGAGUAAUACCUCAUCAGAUAGGGAACUUGUCAAAUUUAAAGUAUCUUCAGUUGUUUGAAAAUUCCCUUGUUGGAAAAAUACCCUCUGAACUAGGUCGCUGCAAAAAGCUUGUUGGUCUAGAACUAUACAUCAAUCAGCUCACUGGAAACAUUCCCACUGAGCUUGGAAACUUAGUUCACCUUGAAAGUUUGCGGUUGUACGAGAAUAGGUUAAACUCUACCAUUCCCACCUCCUUACUCCAGUUGAAAUCUUUAACCCAUUUAGGACUAUCAGAGAAUGAGUUAACUGGAACAGUACCCUAUGAGCUAGGAUCAUUGAGAUCAUUGCAAGUUUUGACCUUACAUUCAAAUAAGUUAACUGGGGAGAUUCCUUCCUCAUUGACAGACUUGACAAAUCUAACGUACUUGUCUAUGAGCUUCAAUUUCCUCACAGGGAAGCUUCCAUCUGAUAUUGGAUUGCUUUACAAUCUGAAGAACCUGACCUUGAGCUCCAACCUUCUUGAGGGAUCCAUUCCAUCUAGUAUCAUCAACUGCACCCAUCUUCUAGUCAUAAAUUUAUUUUCUAACAAAAUAACAGGUAAAAUUCCUCAGGGUUUCGGGCAGUUGCGAAAUCUUACUCGCCUAGUGCUUUCAAUCAAUAAAAUGUCUGGGGAAAUCCCGGAUGACCUCUUCAAUUGCUCGCAGAUCCAAACUUUAGAUUUGUCAAGGAACAAUUUUAGUGGACCGCUAAAGCCUGGUAUUGGCAAGCUUUCUAAUCUCCAGGUAUUGCAAGCCCAUACAAAUUCAUUCACAGGGCCAAUCCCACGUGAGAUUGGCAAUUUAAGUCAACUUAUCAUCCUAUCAAUUGGUGGAAAUAGUUUUUCAGGCCUAUUUCCAUCAGAAUUAUGUAAUCUUUCUCUCCUUCAAGGGCUGUACCUGAAUGACAAUGCGCUAGAGGGUGCAAUACCUGAUAAAAUAUCUGAUCUGAGACAGCUUAGUGAGCUUGCGCUGAUGUUCAAUAGGUUCGAGGGUCCCAUUCCGGAUUCAGUUUCAAAACUUAAGCAGCUCUCAUAUCUAAACCUCCAAGGCAACAUGCUUAAUGGGUCCAUUCCAAGAAGCCUGGAGCAUCUUAAUCGGCUGAUGACUUUGGAUCUCUCCCACAACCAUCUCACAGGAUCAAUACCUGGAUCUGUGAUCGCGAGUAUGAAAGGCAUGCAGAUAUAUCUGAACUUCUCAUACAAUAUCUUCUAUGGAACUCUUCCAGAUGAGCUUGGUAUGUUGGAAAUGGUACAGGCUAUUGAAAUCUCAAACAAUAAUCUUUCGGGGAUCAUUCCUAAAACACUAAGUGGCUGCAGAAAUUUGUUCUCUCUUGAUCUGUCAGGGAACAAACUUUCUGGUCCAAUUCCAGCUGAAGCUUUUACUCGAAUGUAUACGCUUACUAGCUUGAACCUUUCGAGGAAUAAUUUAGACGGUGGAAUCCCUGAAGACCUAGCAAGUCUAAAGCACCUCAACUCCCUGGACCUUUCUCAGAAUCAGUUGAAGGGCAUUAUCCCUGAGUGCUUUUCUAAUCUUUCCUCCCUGAAACAUCUGAACCUUUCUUUCAAUAAACUUGAAGGCCAUGUUCCAGAUACUGGAAUCUUUCGACGCAUAAACACUUCCAAUUUGAUGGGAAACCCAGAUCUAUGCGGAACUGAAUUCCUCAGGUCCUGCAGACAGACGAGUUCACAUCAGCUAUCCAAGACGAUCGUGUUAGUUCUUGUGGUACUUGGAUCUAUAUUUCUACUUUUGCUUCUAGUGUUUGGAUUUAUAAUCCUCAAAUGGCAUACCAAGUUAUGCAAAUCAAAAGGGGUUGAAAAUCCUGAAUCAGAUUACACGCCAGCAUUGAUCCCAUUGAUCCUCGAGAGGUUUGAAACAAGGGAAUUAGAAAAUGCUACCAGUUUCUUUAAUGAAAACAACAUUAUCGGAGCCAGCAGUUUGAGCACUGUGUACAAGGGUCGACUAGAAGAUGGGAGGAUUGUAGCUGUGAAAAAGCUGAAUUUGCAUCAGUUCUCUAAAGAGUCUGAUAAGUGCUUCAAUAGAGAGAUCAACACCCUGAAACAACUGCGGCAUAGGAAUUUGGUGAAGGUUCUUGGCUAUGCGUGGGAGAGUGGAAAGCUAAAGGCCUUAGUUCUGGAAUACAUGGAGAAUGGGAACUUGGAUACCAUUAUACAUGACCCUAAUGUGGAUCAGUCAAGGUGGACUUUGUCAGAGAGAAUCAGAGUUUUCAUUUCCAUUGCAACUGGGUUGGACUACUUGCAUUCGGGUUAUGAUUUCCCAAUAGUUCAUUGCGACAUGAAGCCUUCUAACAUUCUUCUGGAUGGAGAUUGGGAGGCCCAUGUGAGCGACUUUGGAACUGCUCGAAUCUUAGGUGUUCACCUUGAAGAUGGAAGCAGCCUUUCCUCGUCAUCAGCAUUUGAGGGCACUAUCGGCUACUUGGCACCAGAGUUUGCGUAUAUGACAAAAGUCAGUACCAAAGUAGACAUAUUCAGCUUUGGUACAAUUGUCAUGGAGUUUCUAACAAAACGAAGGCCAACGACACUCACAGAAGAGGAUGGAUUGCCGAUCAGUUUGAGGCAAUUGGUGGAGAAAGCUCUUGAAAAUGGAAUGAAGGAGGGUCUUCAUCACAUUCUGGACCCCAUGCUCGUGCAGAGUAUAGCUAAGGAGCAUGAGGAAGUGCAGGAGGAGCUACUAAAACUAGCAUUGUUUUGCACCCACCCAAAUCCUGAGGAUCGACCCGACAUAAAUGAGGUUUUGUCUAUCCUUCUGAAGCUUAGCAAGCGCAAUUAGCACCAAAACAAGUGCUAGCAGUGCUCUCUUGCUCAUGAAGAUUAUAACAAUGGUUUGCAAUAACACUCUGAUGCUGUUGCCCCUUAGAUAACAGAAAGGGUCUACAUGCAGAAUGAGUGCAAUAUCAUCAGCCCUGCAUGUAUGCUUAUAUUAGCAUUAUAGCUUGAUCUACACAUUACUGUUUGAUUUAGUGAUGGAAUAAAGAUGAGGAAGUGUAAAACACUUUAGUAUGAUUGGUUGUUAGAAUGAAAUCCUUAAGUACUUUUUGUUUA